AUGGUAGCUCCCCGGCGCAAUCUCUCCAAAGACGGUCUUUCCUCUUGGCCUUCCUUUGCGGCUGGUUUGGCUGUGGGAUGUCUCCUCAUGUUCCUCUGCCUGGGACAACCACUACCACCACCCGAGUCAUCCUCGUCACUGCUGAAUGUUAAUAACAACAAUCUGCGAAUGCUGGAAUCCCAGCAACUAAUAAUAGGACAAGAAGAACCCGACAAUGGCUGGCAUACCAUUAAUGUCUGGUACCAUGAUCGCAAAGCCCUAGGUCAAGAUUUGCAAAAACCAUCCUACGGCCAAGUCCACCAAGAUGAGAUUAUUCUGGAUCUCAUUGGAGAUGCCGGCUAUUUUAUUGAUUUGGCCGCCAACGAUGCCCUUGAAUUCUCCAAUACUCUGGUAUUGGAACGACACAACGGUUGGCACGGCCUCUGCAUUGAACCCAAUCCUACGUAUUGGUACGGAUUGGCGCAUCGCAAAUGCACCGUCGUGGGAGCAUUAAUGGGAGGCGAGCAGAUUGAUCAAGUCAAUGUCAAAUUCCGUGGCGUCUUUGGAGGCAUUGUGGGGAAAAUGGAUGGUAAACUGGCCAAUCGCAAAAAGGAACCACAGGCUCCCACGGAACAACGGUAUACCGUUCCCAUUUCAAAAGUGUUGCAACGGUAUCAGGUUCCCAAAACAAUUGAUUACUUGAAUCUAGAUAUUGAAGGAGCUGAAUUUUUGGUCAUGCAACACUUUCCUUUUGACACUUAUAAAGUCAGAGUCAUGACGGUCGAGCGACCGAAUGAACAAUUACAUGCAUUGCUCGAGUCCAAAGGGUAUCAUCAUUUGAAGGAUCUCACUUGGUGGGGUGAGACACUCUGGGCACAUGAAUCCUCGGGGUUCACCAAGGAUCAUCCCAAAAUUGUCAAAAUUCCAUACGAAGGGAAAUAA